AGUUGGAUAAUGAUUGACAGAAACACAGCUUAAAAGACUAACUAUGCACAGACACACAACACCAUCUGUGUCUUCAAAUGUUCAUCAUGAGGACUGAGGUAGCUCUCCAGCUCGGCUUCUGUGGCCUGUGCCUAACUCUGGCUCUGAUUGGAGAUGGAAUGGCAGUGGAACUUCCUGAUCCACCAGCAGUAGACUGUCUUUGGAGCCGCUGGACAGAGUGGAGUAACUGUGAUCCUUGCACGAAAACCAGAAGGCGUUCACGAGGUGUGGAAGUGUUUGGCCAGUUCAAUGGUGUGUCCUGCCAGAGUCCUCUGGGGGAGAGGGAAUUCUGUGUAACAGAUGCUGUAUGUGAACGACCACCUCCUCCUGCGUGCACCGACACGGAGUUCCAGUGUGAAUCAGGUUCUUGCAUCAAGAAGAGAUUAAUGUGCAAUGGUGACUAUGACUGUGAGGAUGGAUCAGAUGAGGACUGUGAGCCUGAGCAUAAACCCUGUGGAUCGACAGUCCUGGACAGUAAUGAGCAAGGCAGGACGGCGGGAUAUGGAAUCAACAUUUUGGGCGCAGAUCCUCGAAUGAAUCCCUUCAACAAUGAUUACUUCAAUGGGAGGUGUCAGCGAGUGAGGAAUCCAAACACUGGGCGCGACGACAGGGUUCCCUGGAACGUUGGUGUGCUCAACUAUCAGACACUGGCAGAGGAAACCGUUUCUCGAGAAAUCUAUGAGGAUACGCACAGCCUGCUAAGAGACAUAUUGAAAGAGACAAGUGUGAAAGUUGACGCUGGACUUUCCUUCAAAUUCAAAUCAUCUGAGCCGUCCCUGUCCGAUGCUUCUCUUAAUUUGAAUUUUGACACUCAAUACGAGAAAAAAGCAAUGAUUAAAGAGGUCUCAGAGUUCAGCAACAUUAAGAACAAGAGCUUUAUGCGGGUGACGGGCAGAGUGCAGCUGAGUACCUACAGGAUGCGUUCCCAUCAGCUCCAGGUGGCCAAUGAAUUUCUGGAACAUGUGAAAUCCUUGCCCUUGGAGUAUGAAAAGGGUAUUUAUUUUGCCUUUCUGGAGGACUAUGGCACUCACUACACCAAAAACGGGAAGUCUGGUGGUGAAUAUGAGUUGAUCUACGUUCUCAACCAGGACACCAUCCAUGCAAAAAAUUUGACAGAGCGAAGGAUUCAAGAAUGUGUCCAACUAGGCAUCACAGCAGAGUUUAGUGGCACUUCUGUGACUGAUGGAAAUGCACACUUGAAGCAUGGUGACUGUGACACCGUAACAAAAAAAGAACAAGGUGAUAAGCAGGGUAAAGCAGUCGUGGACAGGGUGAUGACAUCAGUCAAAGGAGGUACUCUAGAAACUGCUGUCGCUAUGAGGGCAAAACUGAAUAAGGAAGGGGUGAUGGACAUCGCUACAUAUCAGGAUUGGGCCCGGACCAUCGCUAAUGCUCCUGCACUGAUUAACAGUGAGCCAGAGCCCAUCUAUAUGUUAAUUCCAGUGGAUAUACCGGAUGCUAACGCCAGGAUCGCCAACCUGAAGCAAGCCACAUCAGACUAUGUGGCAGAGUAUAAUGUAUGUAAGUGUAAGCCUUGUCACAAUGGAGGCACUCUUGCUCUGAUGGAUGGAAAGUGCAUGUGCCUUUGCCCUCACCUGUUUGAAGGCCUGGGCUGCCAGAAUUUCAAGGGCGAAAAAGCCAAAAGCUCGGUUUCGAGACCUACUGUUAAUCAGGAAGGGAACUGGUCAUGUUGGUCAAGCUGGUCCAGCUGCACGGCGACAAAGCGCACCAGGACACGCAGCUGCAACACAGAUGGGGUCCUUGGAGCUGUGUGCAGGGGAGAGACCACCAGUGAAGCAUACUGCUAAGCAGUUUAACAAUCUCUCUCGGAAGCACAGAUGAGAUUUGAACCUGAGCAUUUUUGUCUUUGCAUGUUAAGAUGGGAGAACAGAGACAUCUUGAGGUUGGUAAUGGAUAAUACAGUUCUUUCUUCUUCAGAACUUUUUUAUGUUUAGAUAGAUUUUUGUUUAUUUUUGUGAUUGAAAUAUGUGAAGUUUGUGAAUCACUUGUAAAUGUGCACACAUAGGGAUUCAGGAGAAAAUAAUUUCUGUGAAAAUCAAAGGAUCCAGUGUAACCCGGCACACAAGUCCUUUGAUUUUGUUGAGUACAAAUGAAACAAUGAUGAGUAUUAACAGAUACAGAACAAGUUUCAAGAAUAACAUGUCCUUAAUUUGUUGAAGAUGACGUGCAACAGUUUUCCAAUGAGGGCUUUGAUGUUUGCCUGAUAUGAACACCAGGGCUUGAGUCCUGUAAAUGAUUUUCGUUUUAGUCUUUCAUUUUGGUGACUCAGUGUUGUUCCAUUGUGACGCAGGAAAUCUCAUUAAAAGCAACUUUUGAAAACCA